CCCUCUCACAGGCCACUACAGAAUCGUGCGUUUCGGUGCUACAGUCAGACAGUGUGGCGCGUUGUGUGAAUCUUCUAGUCGAGCAAUCCUAUUUCGACUGAUCUGAGCACAUUGGACAGCGGCGUCAUGGCGAUGGCGCUUGAGCCUCUUGUGAAUCAUGUUGUGUCUGUGAUCACUGGCGAUGGAAGAAUGAUAGUUGGAACUUUGAAGGGAUUUGAUCAGACGGUCAACAUUAUUCUUGAUGAGAGUCAUGAAAGAGUGUUUUCAUCAUCACAAGGUGUCGAACAAGUCAUGCUUGGACUAUACAUUAUUCGAGGAGACAAUGUUGCUCUCGUCGGAGAAAUAGACGAUGCUACAGACUCCUCACUGGACCUGGCAAACAUAAAAGCUGCACCUUUGAAUGCUGUUGUUCAUUGACAAAACCUAAAAGGGAUCCAGACCAUAGAUGGAUUGCUGCUGUAUUAGAUAAAUUCUUUCCUCCACCUCCGCAUAAUUCUGAUCUUGAUCGUAAAAAACAUCUGUGAUUGCGGAAAUUCUAAUGAACUGAAAUCUAUAGGCAGUGCGUUUGUUUUUUAUUAUUUUUAAAUAAAGUGUCAAUUAGAAGA